AUGUCACCAUUUCUUCGAAUUGGUUUAUCCAACUUUGACUGUGGGUCCUGCCAGCCAUGUCAAGGAGAGGCCGUUAACCCUUACUGCGCUGUGCUUGUCAAAGAAUAUGUCGAAUCAGAGAAUGGGCAGAUGUACAUCCAGAAAAAGCCAACCAUGUACCCGCCCUGGGACAGCACAUUCGAUGCCCACAUCAACAAGGGAAGAGUAAUGCAGAUCAUUGUGAAGGGCAAAAAUGUGGACCUAAUAUCUGAAACUACUGUUGAGCUCUACUCCCUGGCUGAGAGAUGCAGGAAGAACAAUGGGAAGACAGAAAUAUGGUUAGAGCUGAAACCUCAAGGCCGAAUGCUAAUGAACGCAAGAUACUUCUUGGAAAUGAGUGACACGAAGGACAUGAGUGAAUUUGAGAAUGAAGGCUUCUUUGCUUUGCAUCACCGUCGAGGAGCCAUCAAACAGGCCAAAGUCCAUCAUGUCAAGUGCCAUGAGUUCACUGCCACCUUCUUCCCACAACCCACGUUCUGCUCUGUCUGCCAUGAGUUCGUCUGGGGUCUGAACAAACAGGGCUACCAGUGUCGACAAUGUAAUGCAGCAAUUCACAAGAAGUGUAUCGAUAAAGUUAUAGCCAAGUGCACAGGAUCAGCUAUCAAUAGCCGAGAAACCAUGUUCCACAAGGAGAGAUUCAAAAUUGACAUGCCGCAUAGAUUUAAAGUCUACAAUUACAAAAGCCCAACCUUCUGCGAGCACUGUGGGACCCUGCUGUGGGGCCUGGCCAGGCAAGGACUGAAGUGUGAUGCAUGUGGCAUGAAUGUGCAUCACCGAUGCCAGACAAAGGUGGCCAACCUAUGUGGCAUAAACCAGAAGCUAAUGGCUGAAGCACUGGCAAUGAUUGAGAGCACUCAACAGGCUCGCUGCUUAAGAGAUUCUGAACACAUCUUCAGAGAAGGUCCAGUUGAAAUUGGUCCUCCAUGCUCCAUAAAAGGUGAAGCAAGGCUGCCAUAUGUACUGACAUCGGGGAAACGAGAGCCACAAGGAAUCUCCUGGGAGUCUCCCUUGGAUGAGAUGGAGAAAAUGUGCCAUCGUCCAGAACCUGAACUGAACGUAGAAAGACCAUCUUUACAUAUGAAAUUAAAAAUUGAGGAUUUUAUCUUGCACAAAAUGUUGGGGAAAGGAAGUUUUGGCAAGGUCUUCCUAGCAGAGUUCAAGAAAACCAACCAAUUUUUCGCAAUAAAAGCCCUAAAGAAGGAUGUGGUUCUGAUGGAUGACGACGUUGAGUGCACAAUGGUAGAGAAGAGAGUUCUCUCCUUGGCCUGGGAGCAUCCGUUCCUGACACACAUGUUCUGUACGUUCCAGACCAAGGAAAACCUCUUCUUUGUGAUGGAAUUUCUCAACGGAGGAGACUUGAUGUACCACAUCCAGAGCUGCCACAAGUUUGACCUUUCCAGAGCCACGUUCUAUGCUGCUGAAAUCAUUCUUGGUCUGCAGUUCCUUCAUUCCAAAGGCAUUGUCUACAGGGACCUGAAGCUAGAUAAUAUCCUGUUAGACAAAGAUGGACAUAUCAAAAUAGCGGACUUUGGAAUGUGCAAGGAGAACAUGUUAGGAGAUGCCAAGACAACCACUUUCUGCGGGACCCCUGACUACAUCGCCCCGGAGAUCCUGCUGGGUCAGAAAUACAACCAUUCUGUUGACUGGUGGUCCUUUGGCGUUCUCCUCUAUGAAAUGCUAAUUGGUCAGUCACCUUUCCACGGGCAAGAUGAAGAAGAGCUGUUCCACUCCAUCCGCAUGGACAACCCCUUUUACCCACGAUGGCUUGAGAAGGAGGCUAAGGACCUUUUAGUGAAGCUCUUUGUGAGGGAACCUGAAAAAAGGCUGGGAGUAAGGGGAAACAUCCGCCAGCACCCAUUGUUUCAGGAGAUCAAUUGGGAAGAGCUUGAAAGAAAAGAGAUUGAUCCACCGUUCAGGCCUAAAGUGAAAUCACCAUAUGACUGCAGCAAUUUUGACAAGGAAUUCUUAAAUGAGAAACCCCGGCUGUCAUUCGCCGACAGAGCACUGAUCAACAGUAUGGACCAGAACAUGUUCAGAAACUUUUCCUUCAUUAACCCUGGGAUGGAGAUGCUGAUAUCCUGAAUCCCCACUCUAGACACAGAAGGAAUUUGCCUUCUCUCUGUGAACUGGUUCGAGUGAAACUCCUUGGGUUCCUUUUCAACUUGGGAAAGAAAAGAAACACUCAACAAUAAAGGCUGAGGCCUUUCAGCUCCUCACUGACUUUGCAUCUGUAGCAGAAACCAACUCAUCUUCACUAAUGACAAUGCCUUUGGUUUCUCUUGUCAUCUUUCACAGCCACUCUUGAAGUUAGGUCAUGACUAACCAUAGUUAUUUACUUGAAAGAUGGUUCUUCACACUGUGAAAAAUUUGGAAACUUAAUUCUGCUCUAAUGGUGGCUCUUCACUUGUGCACCAACUGCUGAUCAAUGAAACACUUGGUGACUCAAGGAACAAAGUGAGAGCAAGCAUCUCAAGACUGAAACAGCAUGUUGCCUGGUGUAGUAAUGGGUUUCAUUUAAGCUGCAGACAAGUAACCACUAACCCAUUUUUUUCUGUGUACAUCUGUGGAAGUGUGAAUGGUAGGGGGGAGGAAGCCCUGAAUAGGAGUCCUUCACAAUAAACAUAGCUUUGUAACUUGAGAUCUAUAAAUCCAUCAUUCUGAUUAACCAUGAAAUUCACAGGAAAGAGGAAAAUGGAAAGUAGGAAGAGUUCAUGUCACUGAUAUGGAAGGUUUUAAUAGAAUACCCACUCUGGUGAUCUUGUCAACAUACAUAUUAAAUUUAGAGUUCAACAAAGAUAGAAUCAUGGUACUCCUGCCAAUAAAACCUUUCUAUCCAUCCAUUCUCAGUUGAUAUCAGUACAAUGGCAGUCACCCACCCAAUACCAUCUUCACAUUUAUUAUAACAAGUAAAGAAAUGAGUGUAUAAUUCUUUCAAGAGAAAAAUAAAACUGUCCCUUAUACCAUUACUGAUGAAUUGAUGACUCAUAAGUCUCUCUUUAGGCAUCACUCAAGAUAAAAGACCCAUGCAUGCUAAUUGUAGCAGUCGAUCUUGUUUAAUUAGAAUUCUAACUAUACAUUUUUAAGUAUCUGUGCUGUUUGUAUAUUUUGAUAAAAUGUUGUGACUUAAUGACAGAGGUGGAUAUGUAAACAUGGAAUAAAAGAAAGAAAGAUGUCUCUUAA